AUGCACAAACAGACACAGAGCCAGUGCGUCAAUGCAGCCGGGCAAGGACACGUGCCCGGGCCGCAGCGCAGCAGCCUGCUCUCCGUGACAAACAGGCCCGCGGGGCACGGCAGUACGGAUGCCUCGACUGGCAAUGAGCGCCCGGGGAGGCAGCGCCCCGCCGCGCUCCCCGCCGUGCCCGGCAGCCGGAGCGGCCGCGGAGCUGCGGGCGGAGGGGACGCGAGAGAGCAGCUGAGGAUACGGGAUACGGGAUACGGGGUUCGGGAUACCGAUAACCCAGCGCGGGACCCUGCCCAGGGGAGCGGAGGGGAAACUGAGGCACAGGCAAAUGUGGGCAAUUUGCAGUGGAUUUCGUUGCACAUCAGUGCUGGAGCCCGCCAGGGAGGGAGCAGGCGGGAGAGGAGAGGGGAGGGAGCCGGUUCAAGCCCGGCUUGCGCGCCCGGCCAGCGCUGAGCAGCGCCUGUGCCAAGAGCUGGCUUCCUUAAAGCCACGGCUCGGGGGCCUGCCCCGCAGGCAGGGAGCCGGCGAGCCGGGGCUGGGCCGCGGAGCGGGGACCCUGCGGCCCGUGGGGUCACCAUGGACAUAACCUACCUGCGCACAUCCCUGACCUUCCUUUUUCUCCCUCUUGUUGUGUUUGGGGCACCCGCUGAUGAACCCAACCUCACAGAACCAGGCCCUGGUGCUUGCAAGCGCUGUUGUGACUCACUGGACUCUUCCACAGAUACCCCACCAGUCCCUCCCAGCCAUCACCACUUUCCCUACCCAGUGCCAGAGGUCCGUCCCUACAUCAACAUCACCAUUCUGAAGGGAGAGAAAGGAGACCGGGGAGAGCCUGGGAUGCCAGGGAAAUGGGGCAAAGAAGGACCACGAGGCGAGCGGGGUGCCCAGGGCCAGAAGGGCAGCAAGGGACAGAUGGGCACGGCGGGAGACCCCUGCAAGCAUCAGUACGCUGCCUUCUCCGUGGGCCGCAAGAAAGCGCUGCACAGCAGCGAGGGCUUCCAGGUCCUCAUCUUUGACACCGUCUUCGUCAACCUCUACAGCCACUUCGACAUGUUCAAUGGCAAGUUCUACUGCUCAGUGGGUGGACUUUACUAUUUCAGCCUCAAUGUCCACACCUGGAACUUCAAGGAGACCUACAUGCACAUCAUGCACAAUGAAGAGGAGGCUGUCAUCCUGUAUGCCCAACCCAGCGACCGCAGCAUCAUGCAGAGCCAGAGCCUCAUGCUGGAGCUCCAGGAAAAUGAUGAGAUCUGGGUGAGGCUCUACAAGCGGGAGCGGGAGAAUGCCAUUUACAGUGAUGAUGUUGAUGUGUACAUCACCUUCAGUGGGUAUUUGGUCAAGCCCAGCAUUGAAUAACUCCUCUUCCUUGGGGCUCUUAGGCCUUUUCCUUAUUCCUCUCUCUUCCUUUUUCUCUCUCUCUCUCUCUCUCUUUCUCUCUUUACUGCCCGUAACCACUGCAAAUCACUUGGAAAUGAGCCUGUCAAAUCUCAGGCACCGGGUGUGAAGCUUGCCACACUGGCUCCCACCUCACGCUCUCUUGUAGCCAGACCUGUAUCUGUCCACUUUACAUCAUGGCACUACCACCUCUUGCCCCUCACCUCAUAAUCCCAAUUUAGGUUAUUGGCUUCUUCUCAAUCUGCCAGCAAGCUGCCUCUGGCAUUUAGGGUUCUAGAG